CGGGCGGCAGCGCUCCGAGAAGCGUCGGCUCCGCCGGCGCCCUUAAAGCCAGUCCCUGACGCCAGGGAGGAGAGGAGCGUGAGGCUGCGAGAGGAGCGAAUCGCAGGGGAAGGUAGAGAUUGUGGCAAACUUUCUAGCUGCUUCUGCGUGCUGCUACCUCAGCGGUGGGAGUGUCUGGCCACAAGGAACUGCAGAGCCCAAACCCGAGAGCCCUGAGGCUCCUAAAAAGACUUCCAGCUGCCUUUAGAGGAGCAACUGCCAGCACUGCAAGCUUUUACAAAUACGGCCGAGUAGAAGACCUCCCCACGUGAACUGGACAGAGACUGGGAAGAGCCGUCCUCCACUUGCCGUCUCUUCCAUUUCUAGACUGAUACAGCUCUAGAGGAAAGAAAAAUUUGUCUUCACAAUUUGCUAUACAGUAUCUGAAUAGCGAAAGCACAAUGGACACUUAAUUUUACAGAAAUCUACAAUCAUCUAGGAACAAGAACACUGGACUUCAAGGAAUAACAGACUUUAGAGAGCCCAGAAAUCUGUCACUGAUAAACCUGAUUUGGUCAUACAGUUUGGGAAUGAAUACUAUUGAGACAGCAAAGCUUGAAGAGCAUAUGGAGGGUCAAAACAAUGAUACUUCUAAUGGCUACUCACGACCUACUCUCUCUGUCAAUGAAGAGAACAAAAAUGGCACUAGCAAACCAAAGGGCUUGUCUAAUGGCUUGCGAAAAACAACAAAGAAAUAUCCUGAUUACAUCCAGAUUGCUAUGCCUGCUGAGUCUAGGAAUAAAUUUCCUUUGGAAUGGUGGAAAACAGGCAUUGCCUUUGUCUAUGCUCUCUUCAACUUGAUUCUAACAACUGUCAUGAUCACUGUGGUCCAUGAGAGAGUACCUCCAAAGGAGUUAAGCCCUCCCUUACCUGACAAAUUUUUUGAUUACAUUGAUCGUGUGAAAUGGGCUUUUUCUGUAUCAGAAAUAAAUGGAAUGAUACUAGUUGGAUUAUGGAUAUUCCAGUGGUUGUUUCUUAGAUACAAAUCAAUAGUGGGACGAAGGUUCUUUUUUAUAAUAGGAACUUUGUAUCUGUACCGCUGUAUUACUAUGUAUGUUACCACCUUACCUGUGCCUGGAAUGCAUUUUCAGUGUGCGCCAAAGUUGAAUGGAGAUUCUCAGGCAAAGGUUCAGAGGAUCCUGCGACUGAUUUCUGGUGGUGGUCUAUCCAUAACUGGAUCACACAUCCUGUGUGGAGAUUUCCUGUUUAGUGGUCACACUGUGGUAUUAACACUGAUCUACUUGUUCAUCAAAGAGUAUUCACCACGUCAUUUCUGGUGGUAUCACUUAAUCUGUUGGCUAAUGAGUGCUGCUGGCAUAAUUUGUAUCCUUGUUGCUCAUGAACACUAUACUGUAGACGUUAUCAUCGCUUACUAUAUCACCACACGGCUUUUCUGGUGGUACCACUCAAUGGCUAAUGAAAAGACUUUAAAGGUAUCUUCGCAGACAAAUUUUCUCUCUCGAGCAUGGUGGUAUCCAAUAUUUUAUUUUUUUGAGAAGAAUGUGCAAGGCUCUGUUCCUUGCAGUUUUUCCUGGCCAAUAUCUUGGCCUCCGAGCUGCUUCAAAUCUUCGUGCAAAAAGUAUUCACGGGUUCAGAAGACAGGAGAGGAUAAUGAAAAAUCUACCUGAAGAAAACAAGGAAAGCAUCUGCUUUGUUUAUUUUUACCAAAACAUUAAUGCUGUAACCAAAGUUCUUAAGAGGACUGUGCUGUAACUGAAGAAGUGGACCAAGUUUCUGUGCAAUUGAUUGGAAAGACAAUUGUAGACAAACAUAUUGCCAUUUCAUAUGUUUUCCUAUCAUCAGGCUGUACAGACCUAUUCUACUCUUCAGUGCUAAUAGAGUGCACCACUGAUGGGAUUUUUUUAUUAAAGAAAAAAUGGAGCAGGCCAUUGCUUUAUUAAUGAGAUAGAGGUGCCAAAGACCACAUUAACACUCUCAUUACUAUCACUCAUCCACAGAAGCACCCAAAAGUCUCAUCUUCAGGGUUCUGGAGUGUGUAAGGGCAAAAACAUGCUAAAAUGUAAAGGCACAAUAUCGGCGUAUUGAGGUAUAUUAAAAAAAAAAACAAAACCCACAGUUGUGGGGAGUGGUUUGUUGCAUUACUCUUGCUAAUGAAGGUAAGACCUUUGCAUGACUGGUACAGCUGGAAGUGAGUCUUGACUUUUUUAACAUUCUGUUGGUAUGAAUAUCUUAUGACCCUAAAAUACUACUUACCGGCACUAUCUCCCAUAUAUUCUAUUAUAUACCAAUUUUUACAUUUUUAUUAGUAAUUUUAUAUUUAAACUGUUGUGCUACCUGAUGACUUUGCAAAUUAGGAAUAGCUGCUAACAUCUGAGCUCAAGGAGCCUAAAUUAUUUUUUUUUAAAAAGGACACAGUUUCAAAGUCUGUUAUCUUUAACUGUGGUUUGACCUUGUAUAUGUAGCUAUACAGUGCCUAUCAGUGUAGGUACAUGCAUAUACACACAAAAGCACACACUACUGUGUAGUUAAACACAUAUUAAACAAAACUACUUACUACAUACAGUUCUUAAUUCAGGCAGAAGUCCUAUAAAUCUCACCUACUUGAGGAAUGCAAUCCAAAAGGGGACUGUAUUUAAAAUAAACUUUUUAAUUUUAGGAGCUGAAACUAUAUAGCAAGUUUGCUUGGAGCCAUAGUUCUGCAUUUAAGUUUUUUUACCUGUUGGCACAUGUUUCUGUAACUUUAAGCAAACAAAACAACAAAACCAAACAAAGAAAUGCCAAGGUGAAUGCCUACAACAGUAGCAUUUUUUCACUUAUUACCUAAAACCACUUCACAUUAAAUGACGCUAUGGUAAAACUUGCAUGCAGAUUCCUUAGUCCAACUAAUAUGGCUAUUUAAGGAAGUUGGCUGAGAAGGUGGGGAAUUACCAUGGGGUAAACAUGUAACAAACCCACAGUUUAACAGCUACCUGGUUCUUGUUGGGUUUUAUUGUUUGUAUUCUUGCGAAGGCAAAGUAGAAUAUUAGCAUACCAUAUUUAACCAUUUAUGUUCUGUAUUAAUUUCUGCAGUUAACUCAAAUUUUCAAAUCUUCAGUAAAACCUGAUAGCAAAGAUAAAACUACAUUAAGUGUUGAACUGAUACUAAUAUAAAGGAAAUAUUGCAUAUUUUAAGAAUGUCUUGAAUUGAGUGACAAGUUUGAACAGUUUAAAUGACAACUUGUUUUUUUAAGUCCAGUUAAAGUUACAAAAUGCAAUAGAGUAUUCAAAUAUAAUUUUUUUUAGUUAAGGGGAUCAAUUGAUACGAGUUGUACAUGAGAAUAUUAUUGAUGUACAUUUCAAAUAUUUUUGUGCAUUAUCAAAGUAAUACAAUAAACAAUGUUCCUUACAAUACAUAUUUGGUAAAACUUAGCUAAGAAAGAAAUUUUGUGGGAUGUUUGGUUUUAUUUAAAGUUAGCUUCUUAGAAUCUUAUAACGUGCCCCUGGAAGUUUUGUGAGUAUAGGCGUCCACCUGUGUUUUCUUUUGCUUCUUCCUGGCAGACCUGGAGUAGCUGCAAAGCCACUAUCAAAACAUUUAUAUGAAAGGCCUUUUUCUGUAUCACAGAAAUGAGUCUAUUCAAUGUCAGUCUACAAAUAUCCGAAGAUACUUGUUAUAUCAGUACUACUUCAUAGGGCAUAAGGAGGCUUUUUUAAGCCGAGUUCUAAGCUUUGUGAUAUCUUAAAUAUGGUCAUAUUAAGCCACAUGUAGUAAUACUAUCUUUUAGAAAUUGUGAACGAAUUUCAUUAGUGGUAAUCAUGCCUUGAAAAUAACAUGACGAAGUGUUUCAGUAAGGAGCUUAAGCAGUGGUUUUCAUCUGGUGGAUGAAUAAUAAAUGCUUUGGUAGUCUAGAUAGCUCAUUCUCUGCAUAACCACCACCAUGUCUCUGUGGGAUUUCUGUAAUAUAUCUGCAAAGUACAAUUUCUUCAUGCAGGAUGAGGUGUUUGGGUUUUUUAUACUUAUAUUUCUGGAAGGAAAAAAUGUGAAAGUGAUGAAAUAGAACCAAGUAAAGAUGAUGCUUUUGUUGGGCAGUGUGAACUUUUAUUCUACUGCUGAAUUUGAUAGAAACUUCUAUUGCAAUACAAAAGGAAAAUUAAAAUGGCAGCUCUAGCUCAAAAUACUUGAUUCCUGUUCUGGCUCAGCUUUCCCUUAAAUGCUUAAAUUCUCUCCACUGUAUCAAAGCCCUCAAAAGGGGUGUGUGUUUAAUUAGCAGAAAACCCCACUUCUCUACUCUCUCAAUAGCUUUAAAUUGCUUUUGCAAAUUUGGAUGGUAUAGAUGUAUUUGAAGACUCUUUAGGCCUAUAUGUAUGGAAAUGAAAUGUGGUAAGUAGUGGUAUAUGCUAGUGCUUACUGCUCUAGUAGUUUAUCCAAUACAAACCACAGCUGAUAAAUAAAAACUAUUAAUUUUAAGACCUUAGUGAUAAUUGUAUAUACAUACUAUGAAUCUGAAAACAUGGUUUCAUUCUAAGAGGAAAAAGGAUUACAGUGGGUAAAAAGAAUAGGAGAAACUUAAACUUCACUUAACGCACUGAUUGCUUGAUUAUAGGCUUACUUGGGCUGUAGAUACCCAGUGUUUUGUAGAAUGUCACUGUAAUUAUUUUUUCCUAGAGUUACAGUAAUAAUCUUCCUUACAGAUGACAUAUGAACUGCACCUGUAUGGUAACUGUGAAAUGCUCUUCUCUACUGAAGAGCAUUUACAUGUUGAACUUCCCAGAUGCUUUAAAAAAAGAAGUUGCUAUGCUUGUGCAUCUGGCAUGUCAGUAUGACUUAAAUGCUGUUGUGUACUUUCAUUUAUGAAACAAGCUUUCUUAAAUGACUAACCUAAAUUUAAACUUGGAUUUAAAAGGUUAACUUGAGCAUUUAGAGAAAUGUGCUGCUGUUUGGUCAUGCUAUAGAUACUUAAUUCUAGUGCCAGAAACGAUUAACAUAUACUUGAAACCACUGUGAACUGGCAUUUUUAUGGUAUGUGCUUAGCACUCCCAUGUGGACACAAACGGUACUAAACGUUAAUCAUUCUUUAUUGCUGUUUUCUUGGAGAGAUAGCUACAGUUGGUAGUAGCAAAAAGCUGUGCUAAACAUUGCUAUGAACUCUAGUAGUGGAUUUUCUUCCCUCCUUUAAAAAAGGUGGUGGGAGAGAAGGAAGGAAAGAAUAAAACCAAGACUAUGUGCUAAGAUAGAUUAG